AUGGCAUUUUCGUCGAUCCAGCGUCGUCGCCAUAAACUGCGCGGGAUGAUGCGCGGAUGGGCGCAAGGAGGUUCGACCGGCCAGCAGCAACAACAAAGUGGUGGAACGAGCGGAGGAGGAAUGAGCGGAGGCGGAACGGGCGGCGGAAGAAUGGGCGGCGGCGGCAUGGGCGGCGGCGGAAUGGGCGGCGGUGGAAUGGGCGGCGUCGGAAUUGGCGGAGGCGGAAUGGGCGGCGGAGGAAUGGGCGGCGGCGGUAUGGGCGGUGGCGGAAUGAGCGGAGGCGGCAUGGGUGGCGGUGGAAUGGGAGGUGGCGGAAUGGGCGGCGGCGGAAUGGGCGGAGGAAUGGGCGGACCUGGUUCCUCUGCUCCCGGAUCGCAAUUAGCCAUGGGUCCUGGGGGGAACAUGGGUGGCGGCGGAAUGGGCGGCCGCGGCGGCAUGGGUGGCGGCGGAACGGGCGGCGGCAGAAUGGGCGGCGACGGCAUGGGCGGCGGCGGAAUGGGCGGAGGCGGAAUGGGCGGCGGCACCAUGGGUGGCGGCGGAAUGGGCGGCGGAGGAAUGGGCGGCGGCGGUAUGGGCGGAGGCGGCAUGGGCGGCGGUGGAAUGGGCGGUAGCGGCAUGGGAGGAGGCAUGGGCGGACCUGGUUCCUCUGCUCCCGGAUCGCAAUCAGCCAUGGGUCCUGGGGGAAACAUGGGCGGCGGAGGAAUGGGCGGCGGCGGUAUGGGAGGUAGUGGAAUGGGCAGCGGAGGCAUGGGCGGGUCAGGGUGGUUUGCUCCAGGGUCGCAGGCAGCACCCGGCCAGGGUGGACCUGGGAUGGGCGGAGGGAUGGGCGGAGGGAUGGGCGGAGGGAUGGGGGGAGGGAUGGGCGGAGGGAUGGGGGGAGGGAUGGGUGGAGGGAUGGGCGGAGGGAUGGGGGAAGGGGGGAUGGGCGGAGGGAUGGACGGAGGGAUGGGCGGAGGGAUGGGCGGAGGGAUGGGAGGAGGAAUGAGCUGA